UUUCACAUUACUGUUUAAGUCACGUACACGUUUAAGUCGUCCACCUGUUAAUCCACCCCCGUUCACGCGAAGUUCUACUAUGUUAAGCGCUAUUUUAAUUUGAAAAUAAAAAAAAUAAACCGCUCAACAAAUAUUUUAUGUUUGCAUGAACCAUGAAUGACCCAACCUUUUCGCCAUAUUGCUCACGGGUUCAUAGUGAUGGUCCACGGGAUCGGAACUUUAGCUCCGCUCCAACCUUCAGCACCCAAUCCGGCCCGCUUGCGAGCUGUCAAACCGAAGGGUAACAAAAAAAAAACCUGCCCAAUUUUUCUCUACCAAUCUUUGCAAUUGUUUUCAAUUAGUUAACACAGUUUAUUUUCUUACUUUUAUACACUGAACGGUGUAACGAAUAACUAAAGUGUGCGGGUGAAAUGUAAACAAAGAAGUGUGUCCGAAGAGUAGCCCACAGCACCUCAUUUUGAUUCUCCAGUUGCCGCUAGCCAGAAGACCCGUGUGUGUAUGGCGAGGGGCCUUGAUACGAUGGAUGCCCAAAAGGAGGAAUAAAAGUGAAGUGAAAUUUGUGACCAUUGCUCGAGGCUGCGGCAAUACCCCUUUGCAUUGGGGUAACCGUGGCGUAGCGUGCCCGCAGUCAUGAACCACAACAACCCAUUGCCUCCGCUUUGGCAAGUGGCAACUACUACCGGCGGACACCAGCCGCGAAUGAACAGCAGUGCCGGCAGCGGCACGAGCAAACUCACCGCCGGAAGCAUUUCCUCUGUGAAGUACGUGUCCAAUGCACGGCCUACCAUGAAAAUCAUCAACAUCCCCAACCAGCAGCAAGCGUCGAUGACGGCCAACAGCGAUGGGACGCUGCUUUACGGCACGUCCAUCGGAGGAGCCGGUUCGUACCUGACAGUGACGAACGAGCAGCGGCAAAUGCAGCCGGCGCCACAGGUACGCCGACCGGUGACAACCACCACCACCACCACCCAUGCGGCACUGCUGAACGAAUCCAUCCUGCUGCAAACGCCGGACGGCCGGGAAUACCUCGUGGACGAACGGUCGAUACAGAACAUCGAUCAGAUACCGCCGGAAAACUUGAUCUACAUGACCGCUUCCGAAGCGCUGUCGGUGGUCGAUGCCGAUGACGUCGGCCAGCUCGCGAUCGUGGACGAAAGUCAGCUCGCGCUGCACGAUUACGUGGUGCCGGCGGAGGCGGCGAUCGAUCAAACACAGCACCAAGUACAAGACCAGCCCGCCACCUCCGCCGAGGCACAACAGUACGCGGAAGAGUGCGAGGUGACGGAGGAAGUGAUUACGGACGAUUGGGUGCAGCCGCAGGGCGAAGAGUGCGUGCAGGUGACGGUCGACCAGCUCGGCGUGAGUGCGGUCGUGGUGCAGGAGGAGGACGACAUUUCCGUCCCGCUCGACCAGGACCAGUACACGCUGUCGCGCCCGUAUCCGUGCGAUUUCUGCAGCCGGCGGUUCCGCAAGAAGAGCAGCCUGCAGAACCAUCUGAUGGCGCACUCGAACGAUCGGCCGCACUGUUGCAACCUGUGCGGGGCACAGUACAGCCACCGGGCGGAUCUGAUCAACCAUCUGAAGCAGCACGCGUACUCCGUGGCGGAGCAGGACGAGCUGGCGCUGCGCAGUGACCAGGAAGCGGAAUAUGAUCUGCCCGAUCUGGGGCACUCAUCCUCCGGCGGUGGUGGCCAUAGCAUGAAGCAUCGUUUGCGGCAUUCGAGCGAUGACGAAGACAUGUACAUCCAGAACUCGAUGGUGAGCUACAACUCGCAACCACCGAUGCAGCUGAUUUCCACCACGCAUUACGGUGCUUCGUCCUCGUCGACGAUCGGCUCUUCCUCGUACGCGCAUGACGUACCGAUGGAGCAGUCGCCUUACCUCGAGAGCGUUCCACCCGUGCUGGAGCAAAAGUACACGCUCGGCAAAAUGGAUCCGAGCGGACCUGCAACACUUUCCAACACCACCGGCAAACGUACGCCGCGGAAAAAGCAAUCCCAAUCCACCCAGGAUACGCGAACGGCACGGACAAAGCCAGUGUUUGCCUCGAAAGUCGGCAGUCGGCAGAUUAAAAAGGAACCCCUGGAGCAUGGGGAAGGUGGUAACGCCAUAUCAUCGCCACCUUCCACGAGGACGGUCGCAGCGGACUGGCGCAAACCGUUCGUCUGUCAGCAGUGUGGCGCAUCGUUCGCGCGAGAGAAAGCGCUCCUUUCGCACGCCCGCACCCAUGCCGGCAGCACGCGCUACGAUUGCGCACUGUGCAAUGCGCAUUUUUGGGAGCAGUCGCUGCUGCGGGAUCACGUGCAGCGAGCGCACCAGGCGCAGGAAGCUUGGGUGGCCGACCACGAGCCUUACGGCAGUGCGCACGGAGCGAUAGAGCUGCCGGUGGUGACCACCACCACCACCAAGCAGUACAAUUGUGAUAGCUGCAGUGCAGUUUUCUUCCAGCUGGACCAUCUACUGAACCAUACGCACCACGUGCACGGCACCUUCGAGCAGCAGCAGCAAUCGAGCUCUAACCGUAGUGUGCUGGUAAAGCAGGAACUGCUGCAAACCUCUAGCAAAGUGGAGCUGGAAAGUGACCGUGAAGCGGAAGCCACCGACCAGGAAGCGGUCGAGGAGGACGAGGAAGAGGAGUGCGAAGAAUACGACAAUCUCGAGUACACGAUCGAACACUACGAGCAGCAGGCGCCGCCGACGACGCAGCGUUCGAACGAACCCGACCAGUCCGCGCUGACGUGUCGCGAUUGUGGGGAGUCGUUCGACUGCGCGAUGGAUUUGCUCGACCACAGUGAGGUGCACGGUGGUGGCGCCGCCCAGUACGAACCGCUCGAGUGUCAGCUGUGCGGGGAGAAGUUCCCGGACGAGGCCAACAUCAAGCAGCACGUGCAGGACCGGCACCGGGACGAGCUGACCGCAACGUCGUGCGCGAUCUGCGGCAAGCGCUGCAAAAGCCAAACCACGCUGAUGAAGCACGCGUGGGACCAUUCGCGCGAGCGGGCCCACUCCUGCUCGAAGUGUGGCAAAACGUUCCAUCACAUGACGCGGCUGAAGCGGCACAUGGACUCGCACCGCAAUAAGGCCGUGCGGUGUGAGGUGUGCAAGGAAGAGUUCCCGGACGGCCGGACCCUGAUGAACCAUCGCCAUUCGCACACGAAAUCGAACGAGUAUCCGUGCCACGAGUGUGGCAAAACGUUCGGUUCGCGCUCGUCGCAGCAGAUCCACAUGCGCAUCCACACGGGGGAGCGGCCGUACGCGUGCCGGUUCUGCUGGAAAGCGUUCGCCGACGGGGGCACACUGCGCAAGCACGAGCGCAUCCACACGGGCGAGAAACCGUACGCGUGCCCCGUCUGCCCGAAAGCGUUCAAUCAGCGCGUGGUGCUGCGCGAACACAUCCGGGCGCAUCAUUCGCAGGCCGACGCGAAGCGCGGCUCGCCGGACCAGCCGUACUACUGUACGGUUUGCAGCUCACCGUUCGGCACGACCGCCGAUCUGGUGCAGCAUCUGAUCGAGCACAGUGACACGAACACGGCGAUGAAGCGCAAACCGCCCACCUUCCCGCGCAAGUACAAGCGGCGCCGGAAGCUGAAACCGCACGAGCUCGAGCGGCUGCAGAGCGGCCGGCGGAAGCAGAAAUCCAAGCGCCAGAUGGACAACGAGGAGGAGGAGGAGGAAGAGGAGGAGGACGAUGACGAUGGGAGUGGGGGUAGUGGGAAUCAAUUCGAGGACGGUACGACAGCGCGCACAACGGAUCGCACGGUGGUGGAACGUGCGCGCGGCGAUGGCAAACCAACCGGCUCCUCGUUCGUUCGCUACCAUCCGGACGGGACGCGCAAAGCAAGCACGCGCGAAAUGUACCUUGAGUAUGACGACAUGGGAGGAGGGAGCGCCACGCAUGCCCCCAAGGCAUCCUCGCAAGGUAUGCUGGACGUCAAUGGGAUCAAUCUGCUGAGCAAUGUUGUGCUGCUGCACGGACAGCAGGAAGAGCCGUCCCACGCGCACAACAACAACCAUCUGCCCGAAUCUCCUCCCCGGCACAUGUUCGGGGAGUUGCCCAAAGCGAAGCAGCAGCCACCGGGAAGUUCGCGCAUGAUUUACACCCAAAAAUCAACCACAAAAGCAGCCCCAGCGUCGUCCCGCAAAACGCCAUCCGCCCGGAAACGGCCCGCCGCCAAAGAGCAGCGCCCGGCGGCAGCGCCACCGCCGCCGGUGAAGCUGGAACCCGACGCGGAUGAUCCUGCCAUCGCGAUGGAAGCGUUGUUCCGCGGGCGCAAACGGAACGCUUCACUGCUGCCCGAGAUCCCGCCGCACCGGAUCUCGUCCGUCGGCUUCCCGCUGCUGGACGAUGGCAACACGGACGACCCGAUGGACGAGCCGGAGCAGCGGGCGCGCCGCAGUACCGCCUCGUUCAGCGCCUCGGAGGACGAUCUGCUCAGCCAGCAGCUGCUGAUGGAGAUUUCGCACAAAAGCAAGUACACCGAGCGGUUCAACAGCGACACGCUGAACGAUCUGGAGGAAAUACUCCGCUCGCCCGUCAAGGGUGCCGGUUCGCCGGCACUGGCCAAACGUGCCACGACCGUUCCCUCCACCAGUGCUACCGGUAAGAAGCAACAGCAAAGUGCUGCUGCCGCUAAAAAGCCAACCAGCCAGCGUAAGCGAACGGCAGCACCGAAAGCAAAGGCUGCGGCGAAGGGGAAGAAUAAACCUGCUGCUUCCUCCACUGCCAGUGGCGCCGGUUCCUCCAGCAGCAGGCAGCCACCACAAAAGCCAGUGGAAAAGCGGGCGGCCCGAGAACCGCCGGCAGUGUUGCGCAGUCAGCGGCUUACGCGCCGCCAGCUCGAGCGGGAGGUGAACUUUCUCAAGGAAGCGUAUGACGCCGGUGAACCGGUGCACGAGGCAACGGCUGACGAGUCGGGUGGCUCAUCGUCCGCGGCGGUGGUAAAGACAGAAGCGUCCGAUAAACGCUCCUUGCUGGAUGGCGCCGCGACCGGUGUGACUGAGGACCGACCGGACAGUUCCGAACGCUUGGCAGCGAUGCUGCUCAACGAUGGCCUUCCGGACGAAUCGGACAACAGCAGCAGCAGCGGUGAGGGAAGUCGCCGUAGCAGUGUGAUGUCCACCGCAGCGCGACAGACGCAUAAGUACGGUCCGGAAUCGUACGCAGAAGAAUUGCAGAUGAUGGAAACGGCGGAGGAGGAACAUGUGGUAAAGCAGGAGGAUAACCAAGGGCAGAGUGAACAUCACUACGAGCUGGGUGACGACGAUGUGGGUGAACUGUAUCUGGAUGAUAAUGACACUACUACCUCAGCAACAACACCAGCCGCAGCCAUUGGUGACGAACCGUUGCAUCGAUGUUCGAUCUGUUGCGCCUGCUUCGAUGAUCGGGCACAGCUCAUCUUGCACGUUCCGGUGCAUAUUUAGGUGUGUUAGUGAGUGUGUGUAAUAAGGUGCCCUUUUGUGCAUGCUAGGCAUGCCGGUUUUGAUGCGUUAUAUUGUUUUCUAACUGCCAAUUUAAACCCCUCUGUACAGUGUGCAUUCAUAAAAUAGUGCCCCCCCCCAACGAGCCGUUUUGGGUGAAUGAUGGGGGGAGAUUAGCUUUUAAAACCUAAAGUCUCACAACUUUUUUUUGUUACGUUUUCCAUCAACUUAUUAAGGAUCGCUUCUUAAAAAAGAAUCCUACCGAAAGUAUCCGCGAAAGUCGCAGUCAAAAAUGAAACCGAUUACUUCAGCAAAUAAAAUCGUUACAAGUUAAGAGAG